AAUUUUUAUCAACUAGAAAAGAAUAGAGUUAAAAAAGUACAGAAGUUUUCGACGAAUAUAUAAUUUUCUAUAGUAAAAUAUCUAUUGAAUAAUCUCGUGUGGUUAUGAGUGAAUACUGUAAUGACGAAUUUAUAAACGUGAAGAUAUUAUUUUUUGCGAAGGCGCGUGAACUUUCUGGUCUGAAUUCAACCGUAUUUUCUUUAAAACGUUGCACUCAAACUUCUAAUAUUUUGGACGAGAUAUGCAAAAGCUUUAAUCUAGAUUAUAUAAGAAAUAGCUGUGUUGUGGCAGUAAACGAAAGAUAUUGUGAAGGACUGAUAAAUUUAGAAGCUGGCGACGAAAUUGCUAUUAUUCCAGCUAUAAGUGGAGGCUGAGUGAGAAGCAAUGUCUGACUUUCUAUCCAUAAGUCCGGAACCUCUGGAUGUUGGAACAAUUAGUAGCCUAGUUUCCCAUGAGACAUGUGGCGCGAUUUCUUUAUUUGUUGGAACUACUAGAAAUAAUUUUGAAGGAAAGAAUGUGCAAUCUUUAGAAUAUGAGGCUUAUGAACCAAUGGCUAAAAAAGAACUUAAAAAUAUAUGUAUGGAAAUGCGGUCGCUUUGGAAAGACAUAGUGAACAUAGCUAUUUAUCAUCGGCUCGGUUUGGUACCACCUAAAGAAGCGAGUGUUGUUAUUGCAAUAUCUUCUCCACAUCGCCAAAGUUCUUUAGACGCUGUUUCGUAUGCUAUAGAACAUUUGAAGCAAAAAGUUCCCAUUUGGAAGAAAGAAUUGUAUAGCGAUGGAGAUUCAGAUUGGAAAGAAAAUAAAGAAUGUGCGGGCGGCGAUUCAAAAAAAGCGAACUUUGUUUUCUCUAAUUCCAAAAUACAAGGUGACAUAUCUGUGCCAAAGGAACUGGUACAAAUAACGGCGUCGAAAAAUGAAAUUAAGAAACGUAUAAUCUGUUACCUCGAAAAGAAGCGUAACGAAAUUAAUGAAAACAACAUUAUGGACUACAGUCAAACGGAAAACUUCAGCAAAAUGGAAGAAGGACAAGAACAGCUUUUAGAGAUAAAAGAUUCCUGUGCAAGAGUGAGCAGUACCAUUGUGAAACAAGAAAGUUCAAAAUGUCUUUUAAAAGUUUGCAGAGCAAAAAACAUCACUGGCCCACAAAUACGACCUGAUUAUUUUAAAACAUUAGAUAUGCAUAUGAAACAGGAGCAACCAUUAAAGAGUUUUAAGAAAGAAACAACAUGGAGAAAGCGAAGAGCUGAUGCGAUAACAGUAAAAAAUAGAUUGGAUAACAUAGAGAAAUAUUUAUUUUCUUCAUCCAAAUUUGACUUGCCCGUUAGUGUUCGAAUUAAACAACUCGAAGAUCGGCUGCUACACUUGGAGUCAUUAUCUCCUGAAUAUCUUCAUUUUAUUGUGGUCUCAAAAAAUUCUCAUAAAAGUUCAAGUAAAGAGUUGAAAGCCACCUCAGAUCAAAUAAUGACGACGCAAGACGACGGAUUUUCAAAUCAUAAAAUUUAUACCGUUGAAGAAUUAAAUUCCUCAAUACAACAAAUACAAAAUAAUGUAUCGAAAGAAAGUGCGUAAUUUAAAACUUAACAAAAUAAAUUCCAAUCACCAA